CUCCACUACUCGUACGCCGGAAGCAACGCGAAAAACAAAUCAUUGUCGCUCGCCACAGCCGCCGCCCCAGCGAUCCAAAAACCCUCUUCGUCCCCUUCCCCCACUCCCCACUCCACUCCACUCCCUCGCGCCGCCUCCAAAUGCCGGCGCUGCUGCCCUUCCGCCGCCGGUCCUCCCCGAUUCCCCUGCUACUGCUUUUAUCGCUCUUCGCCUCCUCCCCACUCUUCUUCUCCCCGAGCCCCGCAGCAACCGCCGUCGGAGAUUGCCCUCUGGAUUUUAGCUGGGCAAACUUCACACUAGCUGCGGCCGCCUGCUCUGAUCCGUCCCAGCGGGCGACGUGCUGCCGCUACAUCAAUGCGUUCGUUGCCAUCUCCAUUGCUCGCUACGCCAACGCAACUGGUAGGCUGGGGGUCCCUCCUGCCUUUGCAGAGAUCUGUCUCAGCUCCGUGUCCGAGACGUUCAAGCUGCGGGGGAUCCCCACUGAUGCCGAUGUCUUCUGCGGGCUGGGACCCAAGAUACGGGUUUCGUAUCAGUGCGCUGGGCGGGAUACCGUGCUGGAGAUGAUGCAGUCCCCGAAUUUCAACGAUGUUAUCGGGAGCUGCAGGGGCCCUCUGUCGCUGGAUAUCACCUGCAAGACUUGCUUGAAUUAUGGCAUCGUGUACCUCCAUCGCCUCAUCGGUUCAGACGAUAAUGUUGGCCUGAGCGUGUGCCGCAACGCGGUUUUUGUAACGCUUGCGACUCAAGAGGGUAUUCUUUCAUACGAAGAUAUCGUCAAGUGCUUCUUUGGUGUGCAGGGAAUCACCACAUUUCCAGGACCAGCAUCUGUUACAUCGACCCCGGCAUCCUCUCCAAAUGUCACGGCUGAUUCUCCACCCCCAAAUAUCAAGAGUCUUCCACAGAAACAUCAGCAGCACUACCGGAUUACAGUUAUUCCAGGGAUAGGGAUCGGUGUUAUAUUGCUUGCUGUGCUGCUGCAAAUCGUCUUAGUGGUACUGAUUCGUAGAAAGAGCAGGGAAUUGAAGAAUGCUGAAUUUCCUUCUCGGAAUCCAGAUAACACAUUUCACUACAAUCAAUCCUGGAGAUGCCCUGAAGGCCAAUCACCAAUGUUCCAAAGGUAUAGCUACAAAGAAACAAUGAAAGCAACGGAUAACUUCAGCACAGUCAUUGGAAAGGGAGGUUUUGGAACUGUCUGUAAAGCUCAAUUUAGUGAUGGCUCUAUAGUUGCGGUGAAAAGGAUGGACAAGGUUUCAAAGCAAGCUGAAGAAGAGUUCUGUAGGGAAAUGGAACUCUUGGCUAGGUUGCAUCAUCGCCAUCUCGUGACCCUCAAGGGCUUCUGUAUCGAAAAGAAAGAAAGGUUUCUUGUGUAUGAGUACAUGGCGAAUGGAAGUCUAAAAGAUCACCUGCACUUAUCUGGAAGGAAGCCAUUAAGCUGGCAGACAAGGCUACAGAUUGCAAUAGAUGUGGCCAAUGCUCUGGAGUAUCUCCAUUUCUUUUGUAACCCGCCACUCUGCCAUAGAGACAUCAAAUCGAGCAACAUUCUUUUAGAUGAGCAUUUUGUUGCAAAGGUUGCUGAUUUUGGCCUUGCACAUGCAUCAAGAACUGGAGCUAUCAGCUUUGAAGCAGUGAACACGGAUAUACGAGGAACCCCAGGGUACAUGGACCCUGAAUAUGUGGUUACUCAAGAGUUGACAGAGAAGAGUGAUAUAUACAGCUACGGUGUGCUUCUUCUGGAGCUUGUGAGCGGACGGAGAGCAAUACAAGACAACAAGAACUUGGUUGAGUGGGCACAGAUGCACCUUUCGUCUGGAGUGAUCUCUCCUGAAAUUGUAGACCCAAGGAUCAGAAGCGCUGUUGACGUGGACCAGAUGCAUCUCGUGGUCGGCAUCGUGCAAUGGUGCACCCAGAGAGAAGGGCGGCAGAGGCCCUCCAUCAGGCAGGUUCUGAGGAUGCUCUCGGAGAGGCUGGACCCGGGGAAUGGCAGCUUUGGCGAGGGCAUGGAAGACGCAGAGGGGGGCUUUUAUCCCCGGAGCAGCAAAUGUGGCGCCCAUCAGCGGAACGAGCUGGUCCCCUACAGCGGUGACAUGAGGUCUCUGCAUUCCUCAUCGAGCACGACCAGAUCUUACUGCAGCCGCAGCAUGCUGCUUGAGAGUGGUCAGACUCAAUCUCCCCCUGAAACCCUGUGAUGAAGAGUGCUCUCUAUUUGGACAUGGCCGCAAAAAUGUCAGGGUAUGUGUCGGUGGUGGGAGUACAUGAUGCACUUGCAGUCUGCUGUUGAGAAUUCAGUUUUGAGGCAGCAAUAUUUGCCACAGGAACUAGCUUGUGUGAUGUAAAGGUAACUAGCUGGCAUGUGGCAGGAAUCUCAAAAAAGAAAAACAGAGAAGUAGUGUAAUCUGUAUGCUAGUUGAGGCGAAGUCAGUCGGAAGCUGGGGGGAAGUGGAACCAGACGAAUGCACGUCUGUUUGGUUUUGCAGAGACUGUUUGAGAAGGCAAGGCAUCAAGGUUUUGCACUCUUUACUCAACUGUUUGUGGUAUUGGCAUGCCAGUGUGCUUUCUUUUCUUGCCCCCUGAUUGCAGGUAUAGAUCUCGUUUUUUUUUUUUUUUUGAGUUGUGUCGGUGAAUGGGUGUAGUGCUUGUUGGGCCACGUGGGGAUGGAAGAGAUUCCAUGCAUCAUCGUAGGCAACUUGCUGGUGAUUGUGAUUGCUGUUUUUUUUAUUUGUUUGGUUGUUAGUAUAUUAUAUCAUGUGUCUGUGUGUGGGUGGGAAGCGGUAGGUGCAGUAUUUUUUUGUUUGUUUAUUUAUUUAUUUGGUUUUUGUUUUGUAAGAAAAAGGAAUUGUGAAUUGUUGUUGAUUGGAAGGAACAAGUGGCAGUGAAUGAACAACACAUGUUCCAUGUGGUUGUUGGUCAUGUCCCUCUGGAGUUUUGACUGUGGGAUGUGUAAAUUGUUUCA